AUGGCUACAGGAUUACAGGUCCGGCCCGCCUUUGUCGUCGAGGCAAACCGUCUCCGCGUCGCUGGCGGAGGUGUUACCGAGGUCGGUGGCAAGCUCCACCCCCGGAUCCUACGACGAUGGACCGACUUUCCGCAGAUACAUCGCGACCGCUUUGCCACGCUGGCACAAACGCUAGCCGGCCAGCGACGCUUCCCCUCCGUCCUGGAGGUCUGGGCCAUCAAGAGAACUCUCCCAGCCACACCACUAAGGAGUGAACUGGACGUUGCCGGGUUCAUCUACUCGUUCAACGAAAACCCUGCCGCACUAAUUGCGAAUGCGUAUCUCAUCCCUGGCGGCCAAGUCACCACGAGGAUGGAAUUUCGCUUUUCCUAUAAUGCUUACGGGCGACUCAACAGCCGCCCGUCAUCCCAAUCCCCGGCCAGGGAGGAGUCUUCAAGCUAUCCCCGCGAUGCCAACCCGGACCGUUGGGGAAUGCACCAAUUCCCCGACGGUUCGGAAGAAGCGGUCAUAAUCGGCGAGUACAAGGCGGCACAUAAAGUACGUAGAUCUACGUUUCGCCAGGUUCUAGACGGCUCCUUUUCAGAGUCACUCUUUCUCGACGUGGUCCAACAUAUCAAAAGCGGGCGGGCCGUUAAAGAACAGCGGAGCGACCCAUCACACGAAAAUGUCCCGGGCCAAGUCACUCCAGACGAAGCAAGCGAUCCUGAUGAAAUUCUGGUUGCAAAAGUCCUUUGCCAAACAUUCCAUUAUAUGAUUAGGGUCGGCGUCAGGUACGGUUACGUUACCUCGGGAGAGCUCCUCAUCCUCUUUCAUAUCCGUUACGACGAGCCAGAUGUCCUCUACUUUCAUCUGGCUAAUGUCCCUUCCGCGACUCAGGAACAACCGUGGGGCGAAGAAGAAGCUCGUGAGUCUACAGCUGCUCAAAUGGCCACUGUUAUCUGCCUAGCAAUGAGUGAGGAACCCUUUGAUACGGACUGGAUCUCUAGAGCAACGAAAAACUUGCCGAGGUGGCCCCUUCCCCCCCGGAAAAACGCUAGUUCGGAUUCUCGGAGCAAUAGCCCAGCUCGUAGGCGCAGAGACAAGGACGACGACGACGACGACGAGGGCGAUGAUAGCGGCUUUAACCGCCGUCCAUCUAAGUUGAGAAGUAGGCUCGGUCUUACAGUCCAAUACCCUAAUUCGGAUUCCGCGGAUGCCAGCAUAGCAUCCGAAGAAACCAACCUGCCGCAGAGCGGACAGACCACGCAACGCGCCGUCUCUUCUUGGCUACCAAACCCGGUCCGACGCCCGACCCUGAAAUAUUGCACCCAGGCCUGCCUUCGCGGUCUUGCCAACCAGAGUAAAUUAGACCCCGGUUGCCCUAACAUGCGUCUUCAUCGCGGCAUCGGAUCUGGGGACGGGCACCGCAUAUCGAGUGCAAAACUGUGCACGCUCGUCCAGCAACAACUGGCGAAGAAUCUGAGCGACAGGUGCGAGUCCCUGCUUAAAUUCGGAAUGUUCGGGGCGGUCGGAACGCUUUUCAAGCUCAGCCUCGACGGUUACGGCUACACCUUUGUAGCUAAGGGCGUUACGUCGCGCCAGAGAGGGACUCUAGAACAUGAAGCCACUAUCUACCACCACUGCCGGCGACUCCAGGGGACCGUGAUCCCCGUCUAUCUAGGGAUCAUAACUCUCGAACGCGCCUAUCCGCUCCCCAACCUCAGUGUGGUUAAGCAUAUGAUGCUCCUAUCGUGGGGGGGCACAAGCCUGAAGGAUGCGCCAGACGGCAUAGACUUGGAGAGGGAGGCGGAUAGGACGAUGGACGAACUGUACUAUGCUGGCGUGACGGACGAGGAUUAUCGCGGCCCCAAUUUCGUGUGGAAUGAGGAGGCGGGCAGGAUCAUGCGUGUGGACUUCAACAUGUCGGGAUUAAUACGCCUUUAUUUCCCUUGUCGGCUAGGAGGAUAG